AUGCCUGACGACACAUCCAACCCGUCAUCUAUUCCCUCAUGGCAGAGGGCCAAUAAAAUGGCCGAGGAGUCGCCAUCGCCGACCUCCGACGAUGCGCCCGCAACUACAGCCUCCACAUCCCGACAAGCUCUCCUAGACCAAGCAUCCAAAUUCCUAGAAGACGAGUCAAUCCGCGAUGCACCAACAGAGCGCAAAGUUUCAUUCCUUGAGUCAAAAGGCCUUAGCUCAGACGAUAUUGAGCAGGUCCUCGGCAUCUCCCGCAACGCAGAGACGAGCAGCAGCUCAACCGCAGCCGAGGACAAGACACAGGAAGAAGCACCAUCUACCUCGCCUACUCAAUCCGAAGCCACUCCUUCUCCUCCUACAACCUCCUCGCCACCCUCAAUCGCCAUGCCUCAAUCGCACCUAGCACCAGCGUCAGCACCAACCCCGGCCCCGGCCCCGGCCCCCCGCGACGUCCCCCCAAUAAUCACAUACCCCGAAUUCCUCUUCGAGUCAUCAAAGCCGCCGCCACUCGUGACAAUGCGCAACCUCUUGUAUACACUAUACGGUGCCGCAGGCCUAGGCGCAAGUCUCUACGGCGCGAGCGAGUACCUCGUGAAACCAAUGCUAGCGAACCUAACAAGUGCACGACACGAGCUCGCCGCCACAGCAGAAACAAACCUGCACAAGCUAAAUGAAAAGCUGGAGAAGACCGUAUCCGUGAUCCCGGCGGAAUUAACGGCGCGCAAGAACAAGCCCUACAGCGACGAAGAAGACGACGACGCCUCGUCGAUCACCUCGGACCCAACCGAGCUGUUCCACCGGGAUGUUGCAACGCAGACGAGUCCAGAGCCUACUUCGGUGAUCAGCGCCACCGGCCCCGUCAACUCGGCGGACUCGGCAGCUUUGUCUCCAUCGACGGCCGUUAAUAACCAUGUCAGCCGUGUUGAGUCUAUUACCUCGAAGCUGCGUGAGAUCGUCAAUUCGGAGAAGGAUGCGAGUACACUAGAUGACUCGAUGCGUUCACGUCUCACGGAGUUACAUCAUUACUGUGAUGGGCUGAUAUAUAGUGGUCCCACAUACUCUACUGGGACGACAUACGGGGCCUGGAAUUCCAAUACCUCGGGCUCGAAUGAUAGCUCUAGUAUGCGGAAGGCGGAGGAUGAGGCUAUUGCUGGGUUUAGGGCUGAUAUUCGCGGUGUGAAGGGUGCGCUGUUGAGUGCGCGGAACUUCCCUGCUAGUCGAGGUGGACGGCUUGGUGGUCUUCCCGUCGGUGGACGGUGA